AUGUCCGAGGGAGUGGAUCUCAUCGAUAUCUACGCCGACGAGGAGUUCAACCAGGACUCCGAGUUCAGUAAUGCCGACCAGAUGGACCUGUACGACGACGUGCUCGCGGCCAGCGCGCAGCCCGCCGAGAGCCGCGCGAGCAGCGCCGAGGCGCCGCCGGAGAUCCGCCAGGAGCCCUCCCCCAAGCCCAACAACAAGGCUCCGGCCAUCCUCUACACCUACAGCGGCCUGCGCAACAAGAGGGCCGCCGUCUACGUGGGCAGCUUCUCCUGGUGGACAACUGACCAGCAGCUGAUCCAGACCAUCCGCUCGGUGGGUGUCUACGAUGUGGUGGAGCUGAAGUUUGCCGAGAACCGAGCCAAUGGCCAGUCCAAAGGGUAUGCGGAGGUGGUGGUGGCCUCCGAGAACUCGGUGCACAAGCUCCUGGAGCUGCUGCCCGGCAAGGUGCUCAACGGGGACAAGGUGGAGGUGAGGCUGGCAACGCGGCAGAACCUGUCCCAGUUCGAGGCGCAGGCCCGCAAACGUGUGCCGCCGAGGGCCCACUCCCGCGACGCCGCCGACGCCGCCGACGGCCGCGCCACCCCCACGGAGAACGCGCUGCCGCCCGCGCGCCUGGAGAAGCCGCCCCGCGAGCUCGGCCCGCCGCCUCCGCCCGUGAGCGACGUGGAGUUUGAGGAGAUCAUGAACAGGAACCGGGCCAUUUCCAGCAGUGCCAUCUCCAAGGCCGUGUCCGGAGCCAGUGCAGGCGAUUACAGCGACGCCAUCGAGACCCUCCUCACGGCCAUCGCUGUCAUCAAGCAGUCCCGUGUGGCCAACGACGAGCGGUGCCGCGUCCUCCUCUCUUCCCUCAAAGACUGUCUGCACGGCAUCGAGGCCAAGUCUUACAGCACGGGCGCCAGCAGCAGCUCCUCCAGGAAAAGGCACCGCUCUCGGGAGCGGUCUCCCAGCCGGUCCCGCGAGAGCAGCCGGCGGCACCGCGACRCGCUCCACGGCGAGGAUCGGCACGAGGACUAUUUCCAGGAGCGCAGCCGGGAGCACGAUCGACAUCGGGACAGGGACAGAGAGCGGGACCGGCACCACUGAGGCGGGAGUCUGGCAGCAAGUGGUUUUUAAUGGACUUGUAUCUCUUCACCUCGACCAGGACAACACCACCGAGGCCGCGCCACCCUCMCCCUUCCCUGCCACCCCCGGCUCUCUCCGGGCCCCCGAGGGAAGCCCCGCUGUGCCCCCCAGCUGUGGGGCCUCCAGCUGUCACCUUGUGGCCUUGGGACCUGAGCCCUGACCCACACUUAGUGCUCCUGCUGCUCCCCGCGGCGAGGCCGGCAGCUCCGGAGCCGGGGAGCRCGCGGGCCGCUGAGCGCAGCCGCCGCUCCGCUCCAUGGAUACUCGGACCCAAAGAGAAAUGGUGCUUUCUUUUUCCAUGGARGGAGGUGGACGGGCCCUUUCCUCCC